UGAUGUAGGUCCCCCUGGAUAAAAGUAUGAACUAAAUACUGCAAUUUAUGUGAUUUGACUUUGGCAGUCCACGGUUGGCUGCAUUGUUCAGACACUGCAAUUGCUUAUGAUGCAAUCAUCUUUUUGAAUUGUUUUUUAAGUUAUUUUUUUGCAUAGUUCUAACAUUUCCUUUCAACUUUUUUGUUAUUCCCAUAUAUUUCAGUUUUCUAAGAUGAGUGUUUCUUUGUACUGUGCCUAAGUCGAGACGGUCUUAACCUGAGACAUUCUUAGCGACAAAAACCAUUGCAGACUGUUAACCUACAUUUCAAGCAGGUUUCACAACUGCUGAGCUCAGGAAACUUCUGCUUCUCUUUAAUAGAAACAAAGAAGAAAAAAAAGAACAAGGCAGUAAAAGAACGCAUUGAGGUCUCAUCACUUCUUAAUUUGCCCCUGUAAAGCUCUGAUGAUGCUGUUACACAUCACUGCUCGCUCAAGCCUCACGCUCACGAUCAGUAAGGUGCACGGGAUCAUGGAACUGAUUUUGUUUGGGUUGACUGUAGCCCUGCAUCUAAAAGACACACACACUCAAGGGAUUCAAAUGAAAACUUUUGGAACGGGAAAUAAUGUAUCUCUCCUGUGCUCAAAUAGAAGAUGGAAUGAAUUAAUCUUGGUGAGGUGGGAGGUUAAGAGAAGAGAUGGAAGUGACUGUUUUGUGGCUUUGGAAUUUAAAAAUAUUACAAGAGACAGCACCUGUGAUUCCAGAAUAACAAUACAACAAAGGGGAGAUGGAGUGGUUUUACAAAUAUCCCCCUUCAACUCAUCUGAUGAGGGCAAUUACACUUGUGAGACUGUCUCCUUGCAUGGACCUGAGGCUGCACAUUUUAAUGUGAAAGCUGAGUCUAAUGUGAACACGUCCGAGGCUAAGCACCACCGGCCUUCGCCAGCUGGGACUGUAAUAUGGAGCGUGUGCGGCUCUGUAGCCCUCCUCACUUUGAUUGUGCUUUCCUCUGUGAUCAUCAGGAGAAAACUACAGAGGAAAGGGAGGAAGAAACCAGGCACAACUGAAAGAGUAAUGUUUUCCACUGAAGAGGUACAGAAACAAAAGCUUACAGUGAUUACCAAUGGUUUUGAAUUUUGAACAAAUUACUUCUAUACAAGCAUGUUGUACUCACUAUUAGUGUACAAAUUUGAAACUCAUGGUUACUGUACAUAGACAAAAAUAUUAAUACAGCAUUGUCUGUUUUUAAUAUUUUCAGACACAUGUGAUUUAUAGCAGCUAAAGACGUCCGACCUCAGAAAGGAACAUUCAUUUGCAGAAAGAAGAAUGGAUGUCAUGUCCCAGGAAUCUGUGUAAUUUUCCCACAUUCCCACAACAUGGCGUGUCGGGGGUUCUUUGGCAGGUUGGCAAUGAGGGUUUUCUUUUUUUUACUUUUCAUUUUUAAUGGUUAUUUUUUUUUUCUAAUGGUUAUGCUAUGCUCAUUAAUAUUGUUGUGGCAUUUAAAGUAAAAAUGCCUGAGGUUAACCUACUGGUGUAAAAUUUUAAUUCCAACAAUAAAAGUCUCUCUUGCUUUCUCUCUCUC